CCUUUGUACACUAAGCCAUGUGACUCCAGAAUCAUUGGCAUAUUCAAAGGAUUUCUGAAUCACACUAAAAUGUUACAUGCUGACACAGCUCAACUGAGACAUAAAGCAAUCAUGAUACCGUUGUCAUUGAUUGAUAAAGACGAAUCCAAUGCGGUAGCGCUUAUACCAUUCAUGCAUUCAGUUUGAUUUGUACUUAAGUCAUUAAUGGGUGGGUUUUUGCCUUGUUUUAUUGCAUGUUACUCUGAUUUUGAUCCAAAGACUAUGAUUAAUGUGUGUGUGUGUGUGUGUGUGUGUGCAUCUUUCAGUAUCGAAUUUGUUUAUUCUGUGAUGGACAGACAUCUGUCGUACCAGUCAGUUGGAUUUUUGAUGACAAUGGAACAUUGAAGUGUCGAUGGACAUCAUCACUCUCAAACAUUAAAAACAAUUCUCCACCAAACCCUAACUGGAAGGUUUAUGAUAUUGUGAAGAUUGUUGGACCAUCUAUUGGUAAGAAAUUGCAAUAAUUAUAUCUUUGAAAACUGAAAACCAUGAAAAUGUGUAAAGUGCUUAACAAAUUUAUUAGACCACCAUUUGUGCCACAGCUGCCCAUAAACUAACAUAUUUAUUAGUUUUUAUUCAGAUGCCCAAUUACAGUUAUGUACUUGCAGUCCAUAAUAGAAAAAUAGGUUUUAAUAGUUAAAUGUUAUGCUUUAUUAAUUUGUGACUUCUGAAAAUAGUUGAAUGUGUGGCUGAAAUCUGGUUAUAAGAACACAAAUUCAAGUUGUUUCAGUUUGUUAUGUGUCUAAUAUAAGACAAUGAAAUGUUUAGUUUUAAGUAAGUAUUUUACAGAUUUCUAAAUAAAUAAAUCAUAAUAUAUUUAUUUAUUCUAUGAUGAAUAAAUAAUUGACUGAAUUUCCAUUAUACACAUAGUAUACAUAAAUUUCCCACUAACAGGAGACUAUGAUCAAGCAAAUCAAUACAUCUCAGAUUACACAACUGGGGUCUCAGCAGCAGAGGACUCAAUUACUUAUUCAAUGAGAGACCCUGCAGUUGUGGAAUUACCUGAGAAGAGAAAAGGAAAAAGAAGCUCUGUGAUGAAAGUGACAUCAAUUCAGAGACAUCUUCCUGUGAAGAUGAUAUGAACUUGAAGCAGUCAGGAAAUGAAGUUAAGCAAUCUGGUCUAAAGACAAGAAAUGUUCCACUGCCCAAACCUCCUAUAUACCAUGAUGCUCUUCAGAGAAGUGCGAAAAAAGAUGAGGAUGAUCCCAAAAGCUCUGCUUUCUCAGAAUUUCAUGAUCUUCAACAACAUCACAUGACUUCUAAAGAAAUUCCUGAGGUGCAAACCAGGAUACCGGAUGAUGUGCAUUUAAAGAAGUCAAGAAAUGCAAUGAAGCGAGUUGGUCUGAAGACAAAGAAUGUUCAGCUGGCCAAAAGUCCCAUAUACCAUGUCAAGAGUCCCCUUAUUCAGAAAGUUCCGCGUGUCAAAACAUCUGGUGACUGUCUGGAUGAUAACACUGAAAUCCCUGAUAAGAGUUAUUUCAACUCAAGCCAGCCAAACCCAGUAUUCUUAGAUACUCUUCAGGGAAAUGUGGCAAUGCAUGAGGAUGAUCAUCCCAAAAGCUCUGCUUCUUCAGGGAAGGAACCAAAGGAAACAAAAUGCAAAGUCACCAUGGAGAAAUUGUUUGAUCUGAAUACUAAGAUUCUCCAACAAAUUCAAAUGUUGGAACAGAGACAAGCUGUCAUCAUGAACGACUUGGCAAAAGUUAAGUCUGUUCUCAUGAAGCGGGCAGAUGAAGAUGCCCAUGAGGAACUUUUAAACAACAACAGUGCUCCAGCUUUGAAACGUUUGAAGCCUUCUGUCAGAGGCUUGAAGAAGACAAAAUUAUCGUGAGCUUUAUGUACACUAUCUCAUCCAUACUCACGGCAGCUCCAAUAUAGGUGAGAUGGUGAGACAGAGUUUAAAAAGCAUUGCAACAGACGAUGUUCUCUGUCUGUAUAACCGAACGGGGAAAGAUGGAAAGAAGGUGUUGCCACCUGUGCUCCUGACAUGUUUGAAAAGUAAGUCUAUAAGUUGUGGUUUGUGCAUCUGAAUGCUGCUAUAGAAAAUGUAAUGUUAACACCCUGCUCUUUGUGUUUUUAGGAUGUGUCAGGUCUUUUCAAACACACAAUGAAAUAGAGGUGAAGAAGCAAAAAGUCGUCACAAUAACUACACCAGAAGCUGAAUGUAUUCGCCAAGUUGAAAUUUUUGUGUCCAAUGCCAACACCAGGCUGAAAAGAAAAGAAAAUAAAGAAAAAAACUGA